AAGACCAUUGAUUAAAUUGAAUCCAACGAUGAACAUCAUAGCGCAAAACUUAAUUUCCUCUCUCCUCUAGCUCCCACUCGCUCCGAUACAUAUACUCCGAUCUCCUUAUGUAUUUCCCACUCAAAUUUCAAAUCCUAAUCUUUAAAUUUCCUUCUGUUCGUCAAAUUUUCUCGCGAAAAUGUCAGGGCGUGGAAAGGGUGGUAAGGGACUAGGAAAGGGAGGUGCAAAGAGGCAUAGGAAGGUUCUCCGCGAUAACAUCCAAGGCAUCACAAAACCAGCUAUUCGCAGAUUGGCAAGAAGAGGCGGUGUUAAGAGAAUCAGUGGUUUGAUCUAUGAGGAAACCAGAGGAGUUCUCAAGAUCUUCUUGGAAAACGUGAUUCGCGAUGCUGUUACUUACACUGAGCAUGCGAGGAGGAAGACUGUUACCGCCAUGGAUGUUGUCUAUGCUCUCAAGAGGCAGGGAAGAACUUUAUACGGAUUCGGUGGUUGAUGAAGAAGCUUUCCUUUGAUAAUUUUAUUAGAUUUAGACAUGUUAUUGGAGUCUGUGAUUGUAAUAUGAAAUCAAAGCAUACUCAAUUUACGUCGGUUGAAAUUGAAAUCUAAUGAAAUCAAGUUUUUAUUUAUUUA